GGGGCGUUUCCCUUCGCGUCACUGCCACUGGUCUACCAUAAUAAACAUCGCCGCUGCAAGCGAAUGGCACGCAACUCUAAAUAGCCUCAAUACAGGCGACGCAAAGCAAGCUCCAACAAUGGGCAAAUCCCAUUCUCACUUGGCAAAACACAAAGACGACAGCCAGGAUGCACUAACAAGUAAUCCUGAAAACAAAGAUGCACAGAACGAGGAGGAUGGGAAAAACGGAGAUGUAUCCCAGUUCCGAUAUGUGGAAUUCACUGGCAGGGACAGUGUCACAUGUCCCACAUGCCAGGGCACUGGCAGGAUCCCACGUGGUCAAGAAAACCAGCUUGUAGCUCUGAUUCCAUACAGUGACCAGAGGCUCAGACCAAGCAGAACAAAGCUGUAUGUCACAAUAUCAGUAGUGCUUUGUCUGCUGCUGUCUGGAUUGGCUGUUUUCUUCCUAUUCCCUCGUUCCAUUGAUGUUUCCUACGUGGGAGUGAAGUCCGCCUACGUCUCCGACGACCGGGAUAGACGGAUUGUCUAUCUCAAUAUCACUAAUACUCUGAACAUCACAAACAACAACUACUAUGCUAUAUCAGUGACCAACAUCACAGCACAAGUGCAGUUCUCUAAGACAGUGAUAGGAAAGACCAAGAUCAACAAUGUCACCGUUAUCAUACCGCUGGACAAAAAGCAGAUUGACUACAUGGUCCCCACCACCAUUCCUGAUGAGAUGAGUUAUAUGUAUGACUACUGCACCCUGCAGUCCAUAAAAGUACACAACAUUGUGGUCAUGAUGCAAGUGACUGUCACAACAUCGUACUUUGGCCAUGCGGAACAGGUUUCCCAGGAGAUGUACCAAUAUGUGGACUGUGGGGGUAACACCACCUCGUUGCAUGGACAUAUUCAAGUCUAUCAGUAAUACCACCUACAGCCCUGGCAUCAAAUGUUGCUUUGGCUGAGGUUCUUAAAGCAGUCUGCCAAGUUCACACCCACUUAAACUUAGGAAACAAGCCGUGACUGAGUAACACAUGAAAUUCAGAAUUUACUUUAAAGUCACAACAGAAAUAUAGGAUUUGUUUUUCUUAAACCUGCAGCAGACGUCCAUGUCGCUUUCCCUUCAUUAGCAGCCCGGCUACUGGUCAAAGCAAGAAACAAUCGUAAGAAUCCCAAUUUGAACUAGAAACCCCAAUCUCAGCGCUAUGACAACAAUAGAGUAAAACAUCCGGUAGUACUAAUAAGUAGGCGGGUUGUGUUACUUACUGAUCCAGUAGACAUAAUGCCAACUGAAUGUCAGUUUGGAAACCUCUCAAAUCCCGGAGCACUCUCCAUCGAGUGAAUCCCCAUCCGAGGUUCACUCGUUUUACCGGUUUCUAACACUCUCCCUCUUCGCCUUCUUUGGCUCCUUCGUCAACGGGGUUCGUUUUCUCUUGCCUGGGAUAGAUUCCACUGUCACUUCGGUUGUUCCACCGUCCACCAUUUCUACUACUAGCAACCGAUAGCUACCGGGAAAACAAAGGUCUAUCCUCUUCCUAGUUUGGUUGCGCGAUAGUUGUGCCGUAAAUCGGCCCUUCAUUUUCUCGCAAGAUCUUACCCGGUUAUAGGGAACCAAUCUAAACUCCGAUGGUGUCAUUAUUUUAUAGCCAUUAUACUGUGCAGCGAAGGUUUGUGGAUGCGGUGGGAGAACAUGGAGGUGGGACAGAGGAAGAUGCAGAGGACAGGAAGCGAUGGAAGCGGAUGAUCCGCUGUGGCGACCCCUAACGGGAGCAGCCAAAAGUAGUAGUAGCAGUAGUAGUAGAUACUGCGCAAUCAACAGUUACUUCAUAAUGAUGUUAAAGCAAAAAAGUUGUCUACUGCCGCUUUAAGAGAAGCAUUUUUAAACAAAAAACCUUCAAAAGACGAUUGGUCGGCUGCCGAAUUGGCUGGCAGAGUAGAUAAACGUACCUGCCACUGCCACAGAUUUAGCUGUAUCGUAGUUAGUGGGAACCCUGUUGGUAAUUUUCCACUCAAGAUACAGUAGAGAUAAAUUAAGGAUUCAAGUCUGGUUAAUGUUGGGUCAUUUACAGAGACUUUCUAAAACUGUUUAAACCACUGCAAGGUGUAGCUUCAGAUAUGGUAGACUUUAGCUUGGUACAGAAAAAUGUGCCAGGUAUGUGGCAUACACAAGUUCCAGUAACUAUCCUUACCAGCUUUUAAGGAUUUUUAAUAGGAAAUGAAAUACUUUAGAUACCACAAAGAACCCUUUUUGAUUCAGCCAUCAAAACCACUGACCCGUCACUAACCACUAUUUCUGGCCACUUUCCAUUCCUUCCUGAAUAGGGGUAGCUUUAUCAUUUCAUUUUUUGAAAAAAAUUUUUUUUCAUAAUGUGUAUGUAAAAUACCUAAAUUUUUACCUUAUGCCAUUUAUUUGUUAUUUGGUAAUACUUCAGUGCUCUGAGUUAAGGUAGUACCAGUCUCAUCUUUGCUUUUUAUCUUACAACUGUGAAUACUACAAAUAUAUGAGCACCAUUUUGAUAUAGAAUGGUUGGCUCUACUUCCUACUUUGUUAGAAGACAAGCUUUAUAAAAGGGAAUAACUCCCAUUUUAGCGAGUGCACCUGUUUGUUUCCAUAUUAAUGACUCCUGCACUUUUCUUUUCUUCAGAAUUGUUGUUCUAAAAUGUUACAUAUUAUUCUUGUGUCAUGCAAAAUUUAUCUCUUUUAUGUUUUGCAGUUGUCAUUCUCCAUGAGUUGUGGUGUAAAUUACCAGUAAUGCUAAUGUUAAUUUAAAUCAUUCUGCAUCAUUGACUUCUAUGACUUUUGAUUGUGUGUUAUUUGAAAUAUUUAAACAGUGGUGCCUUUAGUGUGGUACAAUACAAUUUCAUUUGCUUGCGGUAUUAAUUUGGGCUUUACAAAUUGCAUCGGGCAUGGGCAGUAAAGCAAUGUCCAUCCAUCCAUUAUCCAAGCCGCCCAUCCCAAUUGGGGUUGCGGGAUGCUGGAGCCUAUCCCAAUGGUCAUUGGGCGGCAGGCGGGGAAACACCCUGGACAGGCUGCCAGUCCAUCACAAAGAAAGCAGAUGUGUCACAAUGUAACAGCCCCAUUAAUCCCUGACUUAUAUUUCUUUCAUCCUUUUUGGUUUCUAUAUAUUUAAUUGUACCCAGAAAUCACGGGAGUAGAAAGCAGAAGAUUCUGAAGUGCCAUUCUAGUGGUAUGUCAAGAGAUAAAUGCAAUUUAUGCUUAUUUUUCAUGAGAAACUUGUCACGAUGUUUGACACCGAGCCCAGCCUCUUUGAUUGUUCAUAGAAAGCAUAGAUGUGGAUACUUGUAUAUCACUGCCAAGCAUCUACACUGGGGUAUAUUUUCAUGCAUGAUACUGAAAAUAAAGUUACA